CAUACACACUAGUUACAUACUAUAAACGAUGCCCUUCCCGCCAUUUGUUCCCUAGGCCUUUCCCAUACGAAGCGCGAAGAGAGAGAGAGAGAGAGAGAGAGAAGUGAGACUGUAGAAUUGUGCUUCAGUGCCGUCAACUCAAUUACGAUAUCAAUCUUCACUCUUCGGUAGAAUCGGCGCGUGUAACUCUCAAGAAAAAUGGAGGAUAGGGUUCCGGCGACAGGGAUGCCGAAGCGUCUAGAAGCGGGUAUUAUUUCAAAAAUCCGGCUGGAAAACUUCAUGUGCCAUAGUAACCUCGAGAUCGAUUUCGGUGACUCCGUUAAUUUCAUUACUGGUCAGAACGGAAGUGGGAAAAGUGCUAUACUGACAGCAUUAUGUGUGGCAUUUGGGAGCCGCGCUAGAGGCACACAAAGGGCCAAUACACUAAAGGAUUUUAUAAAGACAGGCUGCAGCCAUGCCCUUGUUCACGUGGAAAUAAAAAACCGAGGAGAGGAUGCUUUCAAGGCAGAAACUUAUGGUGACCUCAUAAUUGUAGAGCGCAGGAUCUCAGAGUCUACCGGUUCUAUCGUUCUAAAGAAUUACCAAGGUAAAAAGGUGGCUGCCAAAAGAGAGGAACUCCAAGAACUUAUAGUUCAUUUCAAUAUUGACGUGGAAAAUCCAUGUGUAAUAAUGAGUCAAGAUAAAAGCAGGGAAUUCUUACAUUCCGGAAAUGCCAAAGACAAGUUCAAGUUCUUUUUCAAGGCAACACUACUUCAGCAAGUGGAAGAUCUUCUGAUUGGUAUUCAGGUUCAAUUGAAAAACGCAAAUGAACUAGUUGCUGAACUGGAGAAAUCAAUAAGUCCUAUAGUGAAAGAACUUGAUGAGUUGCAAGUAAAGAUUAGAAACAUGGAACAUAUAGAGGAGAUUUCUCAUCAGGUAGACUUGUUGAAGAAGAAAUUGGCAUGGGCAUGGGUAUACAGUGUAGACAGGCAGUUACAAGAUAAAAGUAAACGGAUUGAGGAGUUGAAAGGACGGAUUCCCACAUGUCAAUCUCGAAUAGAUCAGCAUCUUAGGAAGAUGGAGGAAUUGAACGAUCAGUUGGCCAAGAAGAAAGCUCAAAUUGCUCAUUUGAUGGAAAAGACAUCUGAGGUGAGGAGGAUGACAGAAGAGUUGAAGCAUAGUCUUUCUUCGGCUACAAAGGAAAAGCUUGAGCUGGAGGAGGAGUGGCGUCGUAGAGGUAAUUACAUCCAAAAGAUGGCAAAACGGGUCAAGAUGCUUGAACAACAAAUACAUGAUGUGGAUGAGCAGAAUAUUAGAAAUACACAGGCCGAAGAACAUGAUAUGGAGGUGAAGCUGGAGGAGUUCCAAGCUGAGGUUGAUAAGGCUAAUGUUGUAUUUCAAAGGUUGAAGAAUGAAGAAGUUACCUUAAUUGAGAAAAUCAAUCAGGCGAAGGAACAGAUAAGCAAUAUCGUUCAUGAGAUUGAAGAGAAUGACAAGAAGGAUCGUGACAUACGCUCUCGCAUUCGUGAGCUUCAACUUCAUAAAAGCAACAAGGUUACAGCCUUUGGAGGAGGUAGAGUGAUGGGCCUUCUGGAGGUGAUUGAAAGACAUCAUAGAAAGUUCCAGAGGGCGCCGAUUGGUCCAAUAGGUGCUCAUGUGACCUUGGUUGAUGGUGACAAAUGGGGUAUUGCUAUUGAAAGUGCCAUUGGCUCGCUGCUUAACGGUUUUAUUGUAACGGAUCAUAAGGAUUCCCUUUUAUUAAGAGCUUGUGCAAGGGAAGCGAAUUAUAAUAACUUACAGAUUAUCAUUUAUGAGUUCUCUAGACCAAGGUUGAACAUUCCCGAUCACAUGCUUCCCCGGACUCAUCAUCCAACUGCAAUUUCGGUCCUACGUUCUGACAAUCCUACCGUACUAAAUGUCUUGAUUGAUGUGGGUAAUGCUGAGAGGCAAGUACUUGUUAAAGACUAUGAUGCUGGAAAAGCAGUUGCUUUUGAGCAAAGGAUUUCAAAUUUGAAGGAGGUUUACACUUCUGAUGGGUACAAAAUGUUUUCUCGGGGUUCAGUCCAAACUAUUCUUCCACCAAUGAAGAAUGUGAGGAGUGGACAUCUUUCUGGUUCAUAUGACAAUCUAAUUAAAACUCUAGAAAGCGAAGCAUCCGAGGCACAGAUGAAAGCUCGACAAACCAGGGGUAUGAAGAGGAGUAUUGAUGAAGAGCUUCAAGGACUCCAAGAUAAUUUGCAAAGCGCUAAGAAGAGGCGCCAUGAUGCAGAGCGCGUUUUGAGGUCCAAGGAGUUUCGCUUGCAAGAUUUUAAAAAGUCAUAUCUUGCAGAAUCUAGCUCCACCGCUGUAUCAACAGUAGAUGAGCUUCACGUCGAGCAGUCGAAAAUCCGUGAUGAGAUACAUGAAAGAGAAAAUUCAUUGGAAGAGCUUCAAGUGAGGCUGAAUGAAGCCGACACCAAAGCUAAUGAUGUCAAAAUAUCCUUUGAAAAUUUGUGUGAAUCAGCAAAAGUGGAAAUUGGAGCCUUGGAGGAAGCAGAGCGUGAGUUAAUGAUGAUUGAUAAAGAUCUAAAAGACGCAGAAUUGAAGAAGAAUCAUUAUGAAGAUGUAAUGAGUAAGAAGGUUCUUUCCCAACUUAAAGGCGCAGAAGAAGAAUAUCAGGAACUUGAGCACAACCGUAGGGUAUGAAUAGUUGCUUAUAUU